CGCUGGGACGCGAGCGCCUGUAUCCCAUCGUGCAUAGCGGCCGAUCAGCGCUCUCUUUCCGGUCUACUCGCCAUCAUGGGUAUCUCUCGUGAUCACUGGCACAAGCGUAGGAAGACUGGCGGUAAGCGCAAACCUCUUCGCAAGAAGAGGAAGUUCGAGCUUGGCCGACCCGCUGCAAACACAAAGCUUGGCCCGAAGCGCAUCCACACAGUCCGGACACGAGGUGGCAACAAGAAGUACCGUGCCCUGCGCCUCGACUGUGGAAACUUCUCCUGGGCGUCUGAGCACUGCACACGCAAGACCCGUAUCAUUGACGUGGUCUACAAUGCGAGCAACAACGAGCUCGUCCGAACCAAGACCCUUGUGAAGAAUGCCAUCGUCAUGAUUGAUGCCACCCCCUUCCGGCAGUGGUACGAGGCCCACUACGCACUGCCCCUGGGGCGCAAGAAGGGUGCCAAGCUGGCAGACAUAGAAGGUGGUGCCUUGGUGAAGAAGAGGAGCAAAAAGCUCGAGAAGAAAAUCAAGGAGCGCCAGAAGUUGGCCAAGGUGGAUCCCCUGCUCGAAGAGCAGUUCAUGACUGGUCGAGUCAAAGCUUGCAUCUCGUCCCGGCCUGGGCAGUGUGGUCGCUGCGAUGGCUACAUCCUGGAGGGCAAGGAGCUUGAGUUCUACACGAAGAAGAUCAAGUCCAAGAAGGGCAAAUGAAGGGCUGCCCAUGUGAAUAAAAGGCGACGUGACAACAUCUGCAA